AUGGAGACGCCAUAUCGAUUGCCCUCCGAGCUGGAUUUCAAUCGUCUGCGAGCUGUAGUCACUGCCAAGCGACUUAGUGCGGAAGAUUAUAUCCACGAUUUGAGGGAGGGUCCCGGUAUCUUCGCUGAUGCUAUGAUGGAAGCAAGUGACCAUAGACUAGAGAGAGUACUAAAUGAUGAGGGUAGAGCUGGUUUAUUUGGACUUCCAGCUUCCCUAAUUUUUCGCGACGAGUUCCAUCGAGGAUCGGAAAUUUCUGGUUGCGAAGAAGCUACUCAACGAGUUGACAGAGGAUUUUCUAAGAGUGAAGAUCUUAUGAUUAAGCUUUUCGAGACAAUAUUUUCUCGAGAAAAAAAGACGUCCCUAAGUUUACCUGCAAUCAUGGACGAGAUCGAGCAAAUGAUUGAACAGUAUCUCGAAUUAAAGGCAAAAAUCACACCACUAUUCUGGACUAAGCUAGAUUUUGAAUAUCGCCGAGUCUCCCGCAGGACUUUGAAUAAGAGUGUUGGCCAUAUAUUUACCAAUGUUCGGACUGUAGAGAGGACACCUGAUUGGAUUGCGCCAAGCAGACCAGUAAGAGUCUUUCCUAAAAGCUUCCAAGCUCCUACCAUACCGCAGUUCUCUACUAAUGAGCUAAUAUCCAGCUUUGUUGCUCCUCGAGAGAAAAUCAAGCCAAAAACCCGCGGAGAACCUACUUCUUCUGUGAGCAUUGUUGAAGAUACCUCAGAGGUAUUACCGUCCAAGCCCAAAGAACAAAUCUACAAGCUCAAAGCGAGAGCUCUGAAAGUGUUCAAAGUUCUCUUUUUCCAACCGUCUGAGAGUAAGAUUCCAGGGGAUCUACCUUGGACCGAGUUCAAUUACGCUAUGGUAGCAAUGGGCUUUAGCGUACACAAACUUGAUGGCUCGGCAUGUCAAUUCACUCCGCCUUCGACUGAAGAAUAUGAAGGAAGACAUGGCAUACAGGUCCAUGAGCCGCAUUCUCCGGGUAGUACGGCUAAGAUCCCUUUUCAUCUUGCAAGGAGCAUGGAGCAUGGGAAGGAGAUUGAGCUACACGUAUGGAUGGCAUGGUGGGAUGUUUGUGAGUGA